AGUUGUACAACAGUUGAGUAAUUUGUCAAUGUAAUUGGUCUAGAUUUAGGGAUCUAAUAGCAAGAACCAAUAAUCGUUGAUUGCUCACUGAGCGCUUUUUCUACUGAAUGCGCCCAUUGAAACUGAAACUGAAACUUCGCUAUACACACACAUCGCUUCUCGGCACUAUGUGCUAAGAUCAAAAGUGUAUUGAAGUCUUUCGCUAUACACACAUCACAUGAAAUUGUAUAAUAUAAAAUGUGUGUAACCUCAUGUGAAAAAUUUAAAUAGAGCAGUUUAAGCAGUUAUACACAUCCCUUUGAUAAUAAAAAACGUUAUGUAAUUGACUUUUAAAUCACUUUUUAAGAAAUAUUUCAUUACCAUGUUUAAAGCCACAUUUAAUAUUGUUAGGAGAUCUCUGUAUAACAAUGCACGUACACUUUAUUGCUUACCAAUAAAUUUUACAUACAAUAACAGUACUAAAUCAUAUAGUGUACAAAAUCAUUGCAACUUAUAUAUAGCAAAAAGAUUCAAGUCUAGCAAUAAAAAUAAGAGGAAACAGAGUCAGAAUCAAGAAUCUUUUAAUGAAGAGGAAGAUAUUGUGGAAGAAGAAGCACCUGCUGGUUCAAAAAUCAUAACAAUAAAUAUCCAGUCUAUUCGUUUGGAUGCCAUUUCCAAAAUUGCAUUUGGAUUGUCGCGCAAUAAAAUAGAAGAAGUAUUUUAUGCAAGUAAAAUUCGUUUGAAUGAACAGAAAGUAUUUAAAAAAUCUAAAGAGCUGGAUAUAGGAGAUCAAGUUGACUUAAUCCUACAUCGAAGUGAGAAUAACUCUUCUUUCCUAGUUAUACAUAGAAUCAUAAUUUUAUCAAUGGUUCCUUCAGAUAAUAAUAUAAAAAUAAAAAUAUCCAGAGAUAGAAAUUUACUAAUUGAAAAUUACAAGGACCCAUGGUUAUCUGAAUAGUUUUUGAUAUGCCGUUAAUAAGCAAUGUAUUUAAUAAGCAAUGUAUAUAUACUAAUAAAAAUAUUAAGAUA